GACGUGUCAGUUAGGGUUGAAAAAAAAAAAGAAAGCACGGGUGAACAAUGGGUCAUCUUCUUCAAUCUGAUUGAAUAAUCAUAACUUCGUCUGCAAUUCUUCAAUAGUUCCAUUCACAGGGAAGAACACCGAUUCAGUGAAAAUCAUCUGCAAUUCUUCUUCAUCGAUUGAAGAACACUGAACAUUGAUUCAACUCCAUCAAGUGAUUCACGGCUUAUGUUCUAUUACGUGGUUCUAAUGUCGGGUUACUUCACGGACAUGGUGCGUAUGGUGAAUUACUUGACAAAAGGUGGCGUAGGGAGUUAAAAAGCCUUCUGGAUCACGGUUGGGAUAUCGCGUAUGCUGCUAUUCGGGGUGGAGGUAGAAGAGGAAAGAGAUGGCAUGAAGAUUGUCGAGGUACUAAAAAAUGUAAUAAAACAGACUCGUGUUUAUGUGAUAUUAUUAUAUUCGCUUGCCAUCAAUGGGUUCCAAGCUGGUCAAACCGGGUACCCUGCAUCCCCGGUUGACUCAGCUGCUUCACUCGUUAGCUCGGUAGAAUCUCCAUCUUCGAUUACUAAUGAAGCUGGUAGUUCUGAAAUGGAUGAAAACAACGAUUACAUAUGCUUGAGGUUUUUGCUACACGGCGAUCUUGACCUCUAUGAUUUCGAUGAUCAAUUGACCAGCAUUUGUUGCCGAUCUUUGCAUUCUAGUUCCCAUUUCUGCAUGAUCAACCAUAUUGUAGAUAUCCAGUGUUGAAUUUGAGGCAGUAUUCGUUUCAAACUUUCAAUUGUUCAUAUGAAAUGUUUUAGGUUUAAUUACUUAGUCAUCUUGUGUGUAUAAAUAAAUGCUGCAGGACUGUAAUUUUAGUGUUGUGUUAAUGUGAUUUGUUAACUUCAUUGUGUUUGACUUAUGAUCAGAAUGGCUUUGACUGCUAGUCAAUUAGCAACAAGGGCCAACUGUGUGUAAACAAAUGUUAAUAAUUUGGGUUUCAAUGCAACAUCAAGAAAACAUUAUUGGAGUUUACUGCUUAAGCGUGAUGGAUUUCAUAAGUUAUUACCGAGAACCAACUGGCAACUGCAAAUAAGUAUGAACAGAACAGCUAAUCAUUGUUCUGCACCUUGUGAUACAGUCACAUCGUCUACACC